AUGAAAGGACUCUGUAGAGUUCCAUGCCCGCUGCGAGCGCUCGUGAGCGUGGUGUGUAAUUCAUCAGUUUAUCUCAGAUAUAUUUUUAACACGUGUUUCAGAACUGUGGAACCUCUGGAGUAUUACAGGAGAUUUCUGAAAGAGAACUGCCGUCCUGAUGGAAGAGAACUUGGUGAAUUCAGAACCACAACUGUCAACAUAGGUUCCAUUAGUACCGCAGAUGGUUCUGCUUUAGUGAAGUUGGGAAAUACUACAGUGAUCUGUGGAGUUAAAGCGGAGAUGGCAGCCUUGAGCACGACACACUGCAGAGUGUUUCUUUCAGUUCCUAAUGUGGAUCUACCACCCCUGUGUUCAUCGAGAUUCCGGUCUGGACCUCCUGGAGAAGAGGCCCAAGUGGCUAGCCAGUUCAUUGCAGAUGUCAUUGAAAAUUCACAGAUAAUUCUGAAAGAGGACUUAUGCAUUUCUCCAGGGAAGCUUGCCUGGGUUCUAUACUGUGAUCUCAUUUGCCUCGACUAUGAUGGAAACAUUUUGGAUGCCUGCACAUUUGCUUUGUUAGCGGCUUUAAAAAAUGUACAGUUGCCUGAAGUUACUAUAAAUGAAGAAACUGCUUUAGCAGAAGUUAAUUUAAAGAAGAAAAGUUAUUUGAAUAUUAGAACUCAUCCAGUUGCAACUUCCUUUGCUGUGUUUGAUGACACUUUGCUUAUAGUUGACCCUACUGGAGAGGAGGAACAUCUGGCAACAGGAACCUUAACAAUAGUAAUGGAUGAGGAAGGCAAGCUCUGUUGUCUUCACAAACCAGGUGGAAGCGGGCUAACUGGAGCUAAACUUCAGGACUGCAUGAGCCGAGCAGUUACAAGACACAAAGAAGUUAAAAAAUUGAUGGAUGAAGUAAUUAAGAGUAUGAAACCCAAAUAAAUAGCCACUUUUCAAAACAGAUUUGUAAAAAUUGUAUUUGUUAACACUGUGCACAAACAUUUUAUACUAAAUAAAUAUCAAACUACAUUCUUC